AUGCUUCAGAACGUUAUUACCGACGAUGGUCGCCGACGAUCAAGUAAGCAACCACCGGUGGUGACUGGUGAGCUUUUCUUCCUCUGCGAUGGCAGAAUUACACCGGUCGCUCUGGCCAAAAAAAACUGCUCGGUUUCCUCUUCUUCUUCUGUGGUUUCGUCUCCCACUGCUGGUCCCUCUUCUUCUGCUGCGCCAUCUUCUUCGGAGGUACAAUCCUCUUCCGUUGUUUCCUCUCGUUGUGUUCUUGCUUCUCCUGCAGAUGUUGCCUUUUCGUCUGUGUUCCUCUCGCCCCUUGCUGAACCGUCAGUGAAUUCCGAGGUUACUCAGCAGUCUUUUUUCCUUCGGUCGGCACCUGUCUUGUCCAAUAAAAUGGACAGACAAUGUUACUCCUUGGACUUUGCGCGUGUUGCGGGUUUCCCCUGCCAAAGUGGUGGUGGCUUGCCUUCCAUCGGGGAACCGAUCAAAGAAGUUUCUUCUGGGGCCUCCUUCGGCUUUGGCUGUGAAGCCAUCACCCAAGCUUUGCUUGCGGCUGGUAUUGUUCCUGCUCCUGCUUUUGGUGGCCUUUGUGGUCCUUCCGUGGGCUCUACUUUGGGCGUUGGUCAAGCCUUUUCUCCCCUCGUUGUUUCUGGGGCUUUGUCGGGUACCUCGUCUGAUGUCGUAUCCGACAUGGAUAUUGAUGAUGUGGCUGUCCCUGUUUCUGGUGCGUCUGGUGUCUUGGGUGAGAGUGUGACUUCUCCCCGGGUUCUUUUGGGACCUUCUGUCGCUCUGGCUCCUGCCUUGGAAGAGGUUUCUGGUGUUUCUUUGCCUCCUUGCGGUCUGGACUUGCGUUCUGCUGCUGUGUCCGCCGUUGUUGCGGAGGAUGGUUCUGUUGGUGGUGGUUCUUCCGCCGGGGAGACUUCUGGUGUAGCUGUGGCUCCUCUUGUGUCUGUGUCCCGUCCUGUGGCUACUCCUCGUCGUUUCCGUUCUGGAUGUUCUGCUGAGGUGUCGUCUGGUGUUUGUGCUGUACCUGCUGCAGCUACUGUUGGAAAGGCUUCUCUUGUUUCUUCUUCUUUUUCCUCUUCUGGUGAAAACAAACAGGAGUGGGGAAAGCGAAAAAAUGACGCUCCUCCUCCUCCAUCGACCGUUCGUUCUUGCUUUGUUCGUCCUUUGGGCAACAGAAAGUUGUCUUUGUCCGGCUCUUCGGAUGUCAACUCUUUGUCCGUUGCUCCGGUCGCUUCUGUCGGUUCCGUUUCUUCUUUUCCUGCUGUUGCUUCGGUCCCUUCUUUCUCCUCGUUCGGUUCUGUCGCUGCUGUUUCCUCUGUUGUUUCUGUUUCCGACGUCUCCUCUGUUUCUUCUGUCCCUAUCGUUGAGGAAUCCUCAAUCACUGUCUCUCCCGUACGCCCAAUAGCAAAGCCUCGCGUAGCUCAUUACGAGAAGGCUAGGGAGAGAUUAGCGUUGAAGGACCUCUUCGAUAGGGCAGAGAAAGAAGAAGAAGAGGAAGAGAGAAAGAAAAAGGAGAAGGAUGAACAACGUUCUUCUUUUUUUAGAAGAAAAUAA